AUGCACACCAUGAAGAGCGCGCUAGCGGUGCUCUGGCCGCCUCCUCAUGAUCCGGGGACGCCGGCGCUGUCGGUGGUGGACAUGCAUUCGGGCGGCGAGCCCCUGCGCAUCGUGCUGGCGGGGUGUCCGGAGGUGGUCGGACCGACCCUGCUGGCCAAGCGGCGCUACAUGCGCCAGCACCUUGACCACGUGCGGCGACGGCUCAUGUUCGAGCCCCGAGGGCACCGGGACAUGUACGGAGCAGUCUUAGUGCAGAGCGAGCUGCCAGACGCGCACCUGGGCGUCCUGUUCCUGCAUAACGAGGGCUACAGCUCCAUGUGCGGCCACGCUGUGCUGGCGCUGGGCCGCUUCGCCCUGGACUUUGGGCUGGUGCCGGUACCGCCUGCGGGCAGCCGCGAGGCCCGCGUCAACAUUCACUGCCCGUGCGGGCUGGUGGCUGCCUUCGUGGAGUGUGAGGACGGCCGCAGCCGCGGCCCGGUGCGCUUCCACAGCGUCCCAGCCUUUGUCCUGGCCACAGAUCUCAUGGUGGAUGUUCCUGGACAUGGAAAGGUGGUGGUGGACAUCGCAUAUGGCGGUGCAUUUUAUGCAUUUGUGAGUGCUGAAAAGUUAGGACUAGACAUUUGUUCUGCAAAGACCAGGGAUGUUGUGGACGCAGCGAGUGCAGUGACAGAGGCAGUAAAAGCUCAGUUUAAAAUUAAUCACCCUGAUAGUGAAGACCUUGCCUUUUUAUAUGGAACUAUAUUAACAGAUGGGAAAGAUGCUUAUACCGAGGAACCAACCACCAACAUUUGUGUUUUUGCAGAUGAACAGGUUGACAGAAGUCCCACUGGCUCAGGAGUGACAGCCCGAAUUGCCUUACAGUAUCACAAAGGGCUUCUAGCACUGAACCAGACCAGAGCCUUUAAAAGCGGUGCAACUGGCUCAGUAUUCACAGGGAAAGCUGUGAGGGAAGUGAAAUGUGGUGAUUUUAAAGCUGUUAUAGUGGAAGUAUCAGGACAAGCCCAUUACACAGGUACAGCAAGCUUUGCAGUGGAAGUUGACGACCCACUGAAGGAUGGAUUUCUUCUCAAGUGACUUCUUCCAUGAUUGGAAAGUAGGAGGAGGAUCAUGAAUCCAUUUGAUGCACGACCAGCACAUCAAGGAGAGAUGCCAAGUAUCAGGACAUGUAGGUUGGUGCCACAGACAAUUUGAGUAGUGAAUAUAUAGAUAAUCUUUGAAGUCCUGGAUAUGAGUGAGAUGGGGCUGAGGGGGGAGUCCAGAGGAGCUGAGAACAGGGCUUUGAUGAACUUCAGCAUGUAAAGGCAGGUGGAAGAGGAUGAACUGGCAGAGAAGAGGACACUGAUAAAGAUGAGGAAGGAAGGAACCAGGUGAGUACAGUCCUUUUGGUCCUGUUUUACAAUGUACUUGCUCAUGGCCCUCCCUUGUGCUAUUAGCCCCUCCUCCUUUCAGGACUUGCAGUCUCCAGAGCAUGGCUUACAAGGCCAAUCAUAAGGUGGCUCCAAUAGCUUUGGUCAUUUAUUUCCAUUUUUACUCCCCAUACCCAGUAUCCUGGAACUCAAACACUGC